AUGGCGGAGCGCAUCCCGCGUGGCCUGGUGGUGGGCCAAGCUCCGCCCUUGCCUCCAGAGAGUCUGUCCUCAGACUACAAGCCCUUGCAAGGACAACCAGAGAAGCGGUUGGCGCGGCUGGCUGGACUCAGCCUUGAUGAACUCUGGGCAUUUUUUGACCGUGUGGACCUUCUUGGUUGGUGUCCUGGAAAGAAAGACAGGAAGUCAUACCACCAGUGGAGUGCUGGUUAUCGAAAGCACCGCUGUGAUGGCCAUCGCUUCCCGCUGUCGGUGGCCCGACUUGUGGCUGCCCGCUUGCGACGCUUCGGCCGUUUAGAACGCUACGCGGUGGUUGUUCUUUGUGGGCGCCUUGUUGCUGCCGCAUUUGCGUUGAGUUUGGACCGGUGCGUACCAUGGACAGAGGAGCAGGAUGGUGUGCGCUUUCUGGUGCUGCCGCAUCCUUCGGGUGUGUCGCACUUCUGGAAUGAUGAGGAGAGCUGGCAUCGAGCUGCCAUGGUGUUCCGCUCGGCUUUGCGUGCUGCUGGCCUCCGAGCAUGCUCUGAAAAGAUCAGAAUCCCCAACGUUUUGCCGUGUUUUGCAGCCUUCGGAAAGACAAUGACACCCAAUAUGGAGGAGAACCUCGAGAGCCUUGAGACAAAGACUCAGGUUCCCAAAGCCAAGGGCCAAGUGCACUUAGGCCUGGCCUUGCAGUAUGCUCCAGAUUUCAAGGAUGAUUGGGAGGUGGUGAUGUGUGCUGUCUCCAAGAAUGGGACUGCACUAAUGUGGGCUUCAGAUGUGCUGCAGGCAGACAAAGAGGUCGUCCUGCGAGCAGUCCAGGAAAAUGGUGGGGCGCUGGCCUAUGCUUCCCAGGAGCUGCGUGCAGACCGUGAUGUAGUUUUAGCAGCUGUACAGCAACGGGGCAUCUCUUUGCGGUACGCUGCACAGGAAUUAAAGGGCGACCCUGAGGUGGUCAAGGCGGCUGCAAGGCAGAGUAAACGCGCCCUUAUGUAUGCUGCAGAGUUCUUGAAGAAGGAUGCUGCAUUUAUUCGAGAAGCGUCGAGUCAGGUGGCCGUGGCUGUGCAGGAAUCAGUUAUAUCUGAGCCAGUUCCACCAUGCUACGGACCUGGACUGUAG